UCCACUCGGCCGGCGACCAUGAGCGGCGGCGGCGACGACGUGGUGUGCACCGGCUGGCUGAGGAAAUCGCCUCCCGAGAAGAAGUUGAGGCGCUAUGCCUGGAAGAAGCGCUGGUUUAUACUGCGGAGCGGCCGGAUGAGUGGCGACCCAGAUGUUCUGGAAUACUACAAGAAUGAGCACUCCAAGAAACCCCUGCGGAUCAUCAACCUGAACUUCUGCGAGCAGGUGGAUGCGGGCCUGACGUUCAACAAGAAAGAGCUGCAGGAUAGUUUCGUGUUUGACAUCAAGACCAGCGAGCGCACGUUCUACCUGGUGGCCGAGACAGAGGCCGACAUGAACAAGUGGGUCCAGAGCAUCUGCCAGAUCUGCGGCUUCAACCAGGCCGAGGAGAGCACAGACUCCCUGAGAAACCUUUCUUCAGCCGGCCACGGUCCCCGCUCUUCUCCAGCUGAGUUCAGCAGCUCCAGCCACCACCUGCUCCGAGAAAGGAAGUCCUCCGCCCCUUCCCACUCCAGCCAACCCACUCUGUUCACGUUUGAGCCCCCCGUGUCAAGCCACAUCCAGCCAGCCUUGUCCACCAGUGCGCCUCAGGAAUAUCUCUACCUGCACCAGUGCAUCAGCCGGAGGACAGAAAAUGCGAGGAGUGCCAGCUUCUCUCAGGGCACCCGGCAGAAGAGUGAUACCGCCGUGCAAAAAAUCGCCCAGGGCAAUGGACACUGUAUCAACGGGGUCAGCGGACAAGUCCAUGGCUUCUACAGCCUCCCCAAGCCAAGCCGACACAACACAGAAUUCAAAGACAGUACUUAUGACCUCCCCCGUAGCCUGGCUUCACACAGCCACACCAAGGGCAGCCUCACAGGGUCCGAGACAGAUGAGGAUGUGUACACCUUCAAGACACCCAGCAACACCCUGUGCCGGGAGUUUGGAGACCUCCUAGUGGACAAUAUGGAUGUUCCAACCACUCCCCUCUCAGCCUACCAGAUUCCUCGAACAUUCACACUGGACAAGAACCACAAUGCCAUGACGGUAGCCACUCCUGGAGACUCAGCCAUAGCUCCCCCACCCCGGCCCCCCAAGCCAAGUCAGUCAGAAACACCUCGGUGGGGCAGCCCUCAGCAAAGACCUCCAAUCGGCGAAAACAGCAGAUCCGUAGCUGCUACCAUUCCCAGGCGCAAUACCCUCCCUGCAAUGGACAACAGCCGGCUCCACCGAGCUUCUUCCUGUGAGACCUAUGAGUACCCAACACGAAGUGGGGAGAGCGCCAGCUGGUCUACCGACUCUCCAGGGAAGACUAUCGUGGGCCGAUCAGACAGUACCAGCUCUGACGACAACUACGUGCCCAUGAACCCAGGUUCUUCUACCCUGCUGGCUAUGGAACGAGCAGGGGACAAUUCCCAAAGUGUCUACAUCCCCAUGAGCCCAGGGCCCCAUCACUUUGACCCACUUGGCUACCCAUCCACUGCCCUUCCUAUCCAUCGAGGCCCCAGCCGAGGAAGUGAGAUCCAGCCACCCCCUGUCAAUCGCAACCUCAAGCCCGACCGGAAAGCAAAGCCAACGCCCCUUGACCUGAGAAACAAUGCUGUCAUCGAUGAGCUCCCCUUCAAGUCACCUGUCACCAAGUCUUGGUCCAGGAUCAACCACUCCUUCAACUCCAGCUCCUCCCAGUACUGCCGCCCCAUCUCCACACAAAGCAUCACCAGCACAGACUCGGGAGACAGCGAGGAGAACUACGUCCCUAUGCAAAACCCAGUGUCUGCAUCCCCUGUUCCCAGUGGCACCAGCAGCCCAGCUCCGAAGAAGAGCACCGGCAGUGUGGAUUACCUAGCACUGGACUUCCAGCCCGGCUCCCCGAGCCCUCACCGCAAGCCAUCCACCUCAUCUGUCACCUCGGACGAGAAGGUAGACUACGUCCAAGUGGACAAGGAGAAGACGCAGGCCCUGCAGAACACCAUGCAGGAGUGGACAGACGUGCGGCAGUCCUCAGAGCCUUCCAAGGGUGCCAAGCUGUGAUGCCACGAGGCGGCUGCUCAGCGCUGGCCUUUGCCACCUCCUUCUCCGUCCCUUCCCACACCACCUCCUCCUCCUCUGUGCCACUUCCAGCCUUUAAAGCACUCAAAGUCAGGGACUCUGACCUGUCCCCCUUGGAGGCAAGGGCCUGAUGGAGACACUGCCUCUGCCACUUGGGGUCCACCCCGUGACUUCUGUCAAUACUACUAGCUGUGCCUCCGCCACCUUAGUUAGGAGCUGUUGCCAAAAAAAAGAAAAAAAAAAGAAAAAAAAGAAAAAGGAAAAAAUAGCCUCCUGCUUUGGACCCAUUUGUCUGCUGCUUGGACUCAGAGGGGGGCUGAGGCUUUGAGCCAGGCUCAUGUCUCCUGUCUGCUCACUGCUCUCUACCCUCUACCUCAGGGCCGCUUCUCCAUCCCUCGAGGAUGCCAACCAGGGAGCCAAGGACCAGCAGACUAAAGUAGACGUGGGCUUUCACAUCCUUGCUGUUUGGGGCAAGGGAAAGACAAGAUGCCACAAGAAGAAUAAUGAAGGUCAGAAGUCACCUUGAGUGACAAAUUAGGUCCCCGGGCACAGAAGGGUAGCUGAUCACCUGCAGGGUGGAAGCCAGGAUCAGGUUCUGGUACACGAUGCUGUAAGACUGGGAGAGGCUAAGGAUCAAGAUCAGGAGGAAGGAAAACAAUGGCAGGCAACCAGGAACAACAAAGAACAGGGCCUGAGGUGACAAACCCCUCUGGGACAGGCAGUGUUCUUCCCUGGCCCUGAUGGAGCGGCAAGACAGAAUGGGAAAGAAAGUAGGGGUGAGGCAGGGGGACCCCGGGACGGGGUGUGCUAGGCACAGAGCAACACAGGGACACGGUGGCAGCGAUGGCACAGAAAGCAGGUUUCUAGAAGGUAGGAGGAUGCAGAGGUGACUGAGGAGCUGGGGAGGC